ACGCAAUCGUUCCCGCGACUCAGCGCACACGCGCGCACUGCAACGGCAAUCGAACGUCUGCGGAGGCGACUCUGUGACAUUUCACGGAUUUUUCUCUGGGCAUUAGAAAGAAGGGGGGCGGGGACGGAAACAAGUUCCCUGCAUUGUUGAUCUCAUACCUGACAGCACGCUGCUUUGUUGGGGCCACAAGUUCGCAGCGGGUGGCCCGCGAAACGCAGCGUGCAUCACGAUGACGCACGAGGGGGGAGACACCUAAGGGGGUCAACAACAACAACAACAACAAACUCGUUCUAGCGCACCGCAAGAAUAACUUUUUUUUUCUUCCCGAACCAAGAACAGCUCCGUAAAUUUAGCAGAAAUGUCAUUUAACCCACGUGAUUCAAUAGCGAGACAGAUUCCUUAUAAAUAGGGCGGGCUGACUGAUGGCAGUUUGCAUCCACCGCACUGUGUCACCACCAAUGUCUUGGCGCAAAGCCACCGUUUCAACUCCAAUCCGUACGACGUCAACGCAAGGCAUUUUUCCUCUCUCUCUUGCAAUCUCGUCCGUUCACUGCCGACGUGCGCCCUCGCUCUUUUGGAGUGGCCAGGCAUCUGAGACCGGACCACAUUCUGGAAGUAUAGAGACAUUGUUAUUGUUGCUAUAAUAAGUCCUGCAGUGUCAGUGCUGCUGGUGGCGGUGGUGGUGGCAGAGAGAGAGAGAGGGAGACAGACACAGAGAGAAAGAGAGUGGAGAGAGAGAGAGAGGAGACCGGCUUCAGUCUGCUGGUAUUUUUAGGUGGAUCCCAUCAACCAAUCUUCCCUCCUGCAGGCCAACAAUCCACGUACCGCGUGGCUGGCACACGAUGGGUGGAGCUCAGCCGGUUCUCCACUUGGCAGUAGCAGCGUGCCUCGUUACGUGCGCGCCGCCAAAUUUGACGCAGUGCUACCCGCUCGCGACCUCCUCCGGCCACGCCACCGUGCCCCGCCAAUUCUGGCUCGUGGGCUGUCGACACAACUCCAGGUAUCCCCCCGCGUCUUCCAACUCCUCCUCAUCCUCCUCGCCGUCGUCAUCAUCUCCUGCUGCCCUGGGACUCCCGGGCGACGGGCGAGGUUGUACGGUGGGCGGCUCGGAGCGGGCGCUGAAGCGGCUGGAGCGGCGGGGCCCGCGCGGCUACCUGGCGGGGAUCAAGCGGGUCCGCCGCCUCUACUGCAACGUGGGCAUCGGCUACCACCUGCAGGUGCUGCCCGACGGGCACGUCAGCGGCGUGCACAGCGAGAGUCCCUACAGUCUCCUGGAGAUCUCCACCGUGCAGCGAGGGGUCGUCAGCAUUUUCGGCAUCAAAAGCGGCCUCUUCCUCGCCAUGAGCAGCAGAGGGAGUCUCUAUGCUACGCCGUACUUUACGGACGAGUGCAAGUUCGGCGAGACGCUGCUGCCCAACAACUACAACGCGUACGAGUCGAGCGCGCACGCCGGCACAUUCGUGGCGCUCGGCAAGCGUGGCCGCGUGAGGAACGGCGGGCGCGUCACCCCCCGCAUGACCGCCACGCACUUUCUGCCCAGGCUGUGAGCGAAGCGGAAGGUUCGCGAUCUAAAACCCCCACACCCCCUCGCCCCCCCCCCACACCCCCAAAAAAAACCUCAAUUAUGGAUAAUAUUGUUCGCGACAACCCAUGCGUUAAACUGAACCAGAAAGCCCUUUGCACCAGUGGGGUUCCACUCACUGGUGCAGUUGUUCCACUCACUGGUGCAGUUGUUCCACUCACUGGUGCAGUUGUUCCACUCACUCGUGCAGUUAUUCCACUCACCGGUGCAGUUGUUCCACUCACUUGUGCAGUUAUUCCACUCACUAGUGCAGUUGUUCCACU